UAUUUAAUAAACAUAUUUUUGCAAUCUCUUGUUAAGUUGGACGUCAUAAUGCCAAGUUUCCUCUUCUCUUUGGUUAGAGGAAAAGAAAGGCAUCCCAUAGGCUAUAUCUUAUAGAGAAAAGAGGCUAUAAAAGUCAUUUUCAAAAUUAAAAAAGAGAGAGAUAGAAAGAGAAGUUAAGUGAAGGGAGGCCCCAUUUCCCAAAGAUGUAGCCAUUGGGAUAUCACAAAAUAAUGCCUAUUUUUCUUCACCAUUAAUUUCGAGCAAUUUGACUUUUGGUUAGAUGUUUGUCCUUACUUUUGUACUUCUUUCGAAAAUUGGGGAUUGUUAUUUGUGGACAGUUUAGCAAUUUAAUUAGUUAGUUGGGUUUUAGAAACACUACCGUGUUGAAAAUAAAUUUGGCACGGUUGCAAUAUGAUUCGUGUAAGGAUGUGGUUUUUUAAUGUUAACAUAACAUCUACUUCACACAUGUCCUCGUUAAAGAAAGGUUGUAUAAAGUAUGGUAGUAACAGCAAAUAAAAUAAAUAAAGUGUAGAUUAAAAUACCAAUUUUGCCUUUAUACUUUAAAAAUUAUUCAAUUUAGUCAUAAUGUGUCACGUUGGGAUAGAGACAUACUUGAUACUCUAACAAAUGUUGCAAACCUCUAGUGGGUGUUCGGGUUAAAACGUUAAACAAUAAGAAAUAAAGAGUCAUGAAGUUUAGGGAAAACCUCCCAUGUUAAGAUAUAAAAUUGAUGUUUUUUAGUGGUGGAAAUCACAAAUUAUUUAGACCAAAUAAGAAAUGAAGUUCACAACUUCUUACUUCUCUAUUCCUACUUUCAAAUUCUUUCAGCAAAACAAAUCUUGAAAGAGCUCUAAUUUAUGUAUCACAUUACUUAUAAUUUUUCAAAUGUAAGACAAGUAAGAAAGAUGACGAAAGUUUGUCGUAAGUUCAUGUAUAAAUUAGGCUUAUUUUGUUUUUGGUGAAUAUCCAUUUCAACCCUUACUUUGAGCAUAGAUCACAUUUAUUACACCUUUGUUUCUCCACUAUGAUGUUGGUAAAAUGUAGUUAAUAUGGAUUUUUUUUAUUUUCGGUUGGUGUUUAAUAUUUUGAAAAUUAAAAUACAUUACAUUAUUUUUUAAGUUAUCCGUGAUUUUACUCCAUAUUAAAAUUGAGCAUUAUUAAAAUUACAUAAACAAAAGCGUAGAUUUUGAAACCGAAGCAAAGCUCUAAGUUAUUAGUUCAUUUAAAUAUAAUUCAAUAUCUAAAUCAUUAAUUAUCAUUUAAAGUAUAGUCAGAGUAGGUCUCGAACAAACAAAAUCAUAGAAUAUUAACAAAAAUUGAAAACUUGGGAUCUCACUUUUGUAAUUAUUUAAUAUUUGAAAAAGAAGUUCCUUUCUCUACAAUUUUUCCUCGAUUAAAGCUUGAUUUUUAUUAAUAAAUCGUUGAAAAGAAAAUAAAGAAAAGAACCUUGGGAAUUAAAAAUAAAAAAGUAUUCAUAGAUUUAAUUUUAAAAAACAACCAACCAAAAUUACCAAAAAUUCUCAUGAGAUAACGAAAAGAAAACUGAAAUAGAGAAGUACGUUUGGUUUCUAUAGUAGGAAAUAAUUUUACUUAUCGUCAUAAAAACUUUGUAUUGUUUAGGGUGGGACCCGUUAUUUUUUGUCUCCAAUCACGCCACGUCACGCUGGAAUCUUCACACAUAUAAGCACGAAAAGAUAUAACAAAAUUAAAAGGGAAAAAGAAAAAGAGAAAAGGUUACCAAAGAGUGUGGGGCCCGCUUCAUAUACGGACGAGAAUCAGUCAUGCAUGCUUGCCGCGUUUCACUAAAGGUCGGCGCCAAAUAAAUCAUUACCCUACACGUGUGAAGAUAUGACGAUUUAGUCACCACCAUUUACACAAACCUUUGGUUGUUUAUUUAUUCUUUUUUAUCGUCACACUGUACUAAAAAGUGACGCAAAUCCGCAACUGCUGCCUUAAGUAGAUGACACGUAAGCGGAAUCACAGCCCAUAAGGUUAAACGAAAUCCAAUGAGAUUUCGAGGUUGAAUGACUGUGUGACGGUGGAGGGCUUGAAAUAGCAAAAAGAGCGUCUAGGAAAUUGAGGGUAUUUCGGUAAAUUUAAGCAUCUAGAACCUACCUGCUGCUUCUUCGUGACUAUUAAAGCAACUGAGGUGGUUCUGUUACGUGUUGGCUAAGCGAGAGAAAAAGCCAAAGGUGAACCGUUGAAGUCGAACGAGGUGGAAUGAAUUCUCGCUCGUAGAUUGCGGAGAUGAUGAGGUAGGAGUUGUUGCUGCUGAUACUAGAAGUGGUGGAUGGGAGUUUUUUGGUGUGGAAAUUAACUCAAAAUGCGAAAAUCUUUCAAGGAUUCCCUUAAGGCACUCGAGGCUGAUAUUCAGUUCGCCAAUACCUUGGCUUCUGAUUAUCCCAAGGAAUACGAUGGAGCAUGCCUGCAAAUGAGAUUAUCCUAUAGCCCGGCUGCACAGUUUUUUCUCUUCUUCGUGCAAUGGACUGAUUGUCAUCUUGCUGGUGCAUUGGGCCUGCUCAGAAUUCUAAUAUAUAAGGCAUAUGAAGACGGGAAGACUACCAUGUCUAUUCAAGAAAGAAAGGCUAGUCUCAAAGAGUUCUAUGGGGUGAUAUUUCCUUCGCUAGUGCAACUUCAAAGAGGAAUUACUGACAUAGAAGAAAGAAAACAGAGAGAAGUUUAUGCUGCCAAAUACAGAAGAACAGAUCCUUUGAACAAAGGAAAGAUCUCUGAAAUCGACAUGGAAAGAGAGGAAGAAUGUGGUAUUUGCAUGGAGCUAAACACCAAGGUUGUCUUGCCUAAUUGCAAUCAUUCAAUGUGCAUGAAGUGCUACAGGAGUUGGCGCACUCGUUCGCAAUCAUGCCCCUUCUGCCGUGACAGUCUCAAAAGAGUCAACUCUGGAGAUCUUUGGAUAUGUACCAGUAGUAGUGAAAUCGUCGACUUAUCCUUCAUCUCUAGGGAAAAUCUGAAGAGGCUUUUCAUGUUCAUUAAUAAGUUGCCUCUCAUUGUUCCUGAUCCAAAACUCAUCUCUUAUUAUCUGAAUCAUUAUUGAACACUCCAGGCUUGUCCCGGAAGUAAUUUGUAAAUAAAGACCCAUUACCCUUGUUGUGCAUAAUUCUUAUCAGUAUAACGUGCACAUCCAUAAUUUCCACUUGCA